CAGCUGGGCUGAGGAGAGGCCACGUAGGCGGAGCAAGCUUGUGGCGUCUCCCUCCACAGAAUAGCCUUGGCGGUGGGGCCCACUGGAUCCAGGUGGCUUCGACUCCGCCUGCCCUCUCCUCAUGGCCGCCGGCUUCGAGCUCGGCAGCUAAACAUAGAGCACCGAUGCCGCCGAAGCUUGGGGCGCCGGCCGGGAGCGGCAGCCCGCCGAGCCAGGGCCAGCACAAGGCGGCGGCGGCGAGGUCGUCCGGCGCGAUGAUGGUCAGGCUGCUGCAGGCGCCGGCGGUGGUGGCGCUGAGCGCCGUGCUCGCGGCGUCGGCGGUGGCGGCGCCGGCGCAGGAGGAGGGUGCAGCAGGCGGCGGCGGGGCGAGCACGCUGUGCAACGUGCCGCCGACGCUGUCGGGGGAGGACAAGCAGGCGGAGAAGAUAAAGCACCCGAGGUCGGCGAGCGCGGCGCGGUGCACGUCCAAGUGCGUCAGCACCUGCAUCCUCGGCGGCGCCGGCUCCCCCGGCGUCGACGGCCCCUUCAACAUCCGAAGACCGCUGGUGGUGUUCAAGGAAGAUUUCCGCAGCCGCCAGUACUGCUUGCUGGAAUGCUCUGACAUCUGCAACCUGAUCAAGGAUGGAGAAGAUGGCCAAUGACACUGGAUAGAUUGUGCUACUGCACCAAGAUUAUGUCAGUUACAAUACGGGUGAAUCCAUCCAAGAUGCAACCAAGUUUAUCUCCAGAAAAAAAGAAUGGAUGAUCUUAAUUCAUAAAGCAAACUGCGAUUAGCUUGGAGCAGGUAAAGUGGGGCCGGAUGAACUGAAGAAGCCAUGGCACUCAGACCAGCUCGCUGAAGUUUGGAGUGAUUGAUGCAGAACACGGGUCCAUAUUGUACAGUGUGGACAGAUCUGAAUUAAUUUGAUAGCUACUGUUACAUUAAUUAGCUCUCUGACUGCAUCAAGUUAACUGUUUUUCAUGUAGCUAGCUAGCUCCCUACCUAGUGCGAAAUUCAAGUUAAAAUUUCAAAAUCGAAUUAAUUGGUCAUUUCACUGUCAAAUUGUUCAAAUCUGUGUCUACCCUUGAGUAUAUCCUUGCUCCUGUUACAUCGUAUCUCUAUUGCUUAAAAGCAGAGUCUUCCAUCAUUUUUACCCCCAUGUCACGUAAAAACCAUCUCUUUCGUGU